AGCCGCUUUGCCUUCCAAUCUUGGCGCAUUCUUCAUUUUGUUAAUUUAUUUUUCCCAAAACCCUAAUUCCUUUAUCCCCUCUCUAACCCUUCAUCAAUUUCAUGCCUUUUGUCUUAAUUCUCACACGCCCAGAAUAUCGGGCUUAUGUAAACCUGAACUUUAUCCAGUUUUACGAUGUGCCUUGAUAUAGGGAAUUAAGGAAAAUAUAUUAUGCUAAUUCUAAGGUCGUGUGGGGAGAAGAUAUUUGCCGGAGUCAGCUUCCGGCAAGAUCGACAAUAGGCAGCAUCUUUUGUGGGUAGAGAAUGGUUCAAUCCAAAUGGCUUUCUUUCGAUAAAUAGCUCCUUUCUGUGUUUAUUAAGCAGUAAUGGGCAAUGGAAGUGAGCUUCAAUCUUCGAAACCUCCCCGUUCAUCCUCAUUGUCGGGGGGAAGUUCUUCACACGACUGCUCCCAAUUGUAUCCAAAAGCAACAGCGAGCUCUUUUUCAUUUUAUGAAGCUGGGAAUGACAGUAAUGAUAAGAAUGGAAAAGUUUUGAAUGCAUCUACGAGUUCUGCCCCCACGGUUUCAGAUGGUACUGGUGAAUAUAUGGUUCAAAACUGGUCUCCAACUCAGUCUCCUCCCAUUCAAGUCAUGGAAAAACCAGGAGAUUUUGAUUUCAAUGGAAUUUCCUCAACAAGUGAUCUCCCUACACAACAAUCCUUUUCAUUUGGAACUUUGAGUGACAAUAAAGAUACAAACGGAACCCAUUCCAAAAUGGAAUCUUUUAGUUCUGAUGCCUCUAAGACUUCAGAAGUCACUCGUGAACCUGAGGUGCAAAAUGAGUCACCAACACAUUCGCCUAGCAUUCAAGUCAUGGAAAUGCCAGGAGAUUUCGAGACCAAUGAAAACCCCUCCUCAAUUUCCAUGAGCAAGUCAACAGCUUGGAGUAAUACUUCCAAUGGAUCAUUAUUCAGUAUUGAUAUUGGACCCAAUAGCUUUUCCACUGAUGGAAAUCCAACGACGGAUGGAGAUUCCUACAAGUCAGGGGAACUUGAUACACAUGGAGACCUUGCGAGAUAUAAGCAGAUGCCCUUGGGUCCAGAAGGAGCAGAAUAUAACAAAGAGACCCCAGCUAAUAGGCUAGGAGCAGGAAGCACUCGAAUUAAAAAUGGGGCCAACCAACAUGCGGUACCAUUAAGAGCAGGUGAGAAUGCUCCUAGUCAUCUUGUUGGAACCAGAACUUCUAACAAGCCUGUUGAUCUUCAAAUGACAAAGAAGUCUGAACCAACAGGGCGUAAAUGCUGUUGUGCUGGUUUUACCUGUGACUCUUGUUUCUGUUCAAGUCCAAGCCAGUGUGCAUGGUUAAGUUGUCGAGGUUGUUGUUGCAAGUGGUUCAGCGGGCUAUCUUUCUCUUGUGAGUCUCUACGUUGUAAAGGGUGCUGCAGUAGAUGGCCCAUAACCUGUCUGUGCUCUUACUUGAAGUGUCCAAGCUGGAAAAGCUGUCACUUUCCCUGCUCGUUCUGCUGCACUUGGAACUGUUGUGCGAAGAACUCACGCUCAAGUAUUGAUAAUCUGGCAAAAGAUGGAGGGAGGAUCACCCGAGUAGCAGCAUAAUUCUUCAAAGACUCUACGCAGGGGGUUUUCUUGCCACUCAUGUAUAUAUAUAUAUAUAUAUAUAUAUAUAUAUAUUUAUAGGAAAAUUUUAAAGUGUCGGUUGACACCUGUGAUUCUUAUACCUGGUACUAUUGCAAAGUGAAUGGUAAAAACUUUUAAUUUUGUGCCGGGUAGAAAGUUAACAUUGUCUCCGAGCUCUGAUCUGAUAAGUUGUGGGUCCCAAUAUAAGUACCUACAUCAUGAUUUUGUGUGUAGGAGUAAAAGUUAGGAAUAUAAAGUAGGAGUACAAAGUAUUUUUCUUUUGAUUUUGAUUUUGUACAAGAAACAUGGUAUUGAUUGACACUGAAGCAUUUCCCUAUAUUUAUAUUUA